GAAAUGGUAAACAGGGCUGUACAAUUAUUCCCAUGCUAACUUCAGAGCCCGCGCUAAUGCGCUACUGCCAUCUAGAGGAAAUCGUUUUUGUCAAUAUUGAGUCAUCACGUUUUCUUAGUUGCUUACCGUGCAUUACCUAGAUAAGAAUUGCGAUUCUUAAAACAACUGAGCUGAACAAGUUAUUAGCAAUUUGUCUAGUAUAGUUUUGUUAGUAACUUUUCACACAGUCUGGCAACAAACUGCAGGAAUAGCAGUACUGUGGAAUAAUGAAUAGGCCUUCUAUAAUCUUACACAGUAAUAUGUAGUCUAUUACUGUUAAGACUGACAAAAUGUAAAACAAAUAAAAAAAUCUGUUGCCCUUUCAUAUGAAAAUGUAUAUAGUGUAAACUGUUAUAUCAGCAACUUGUUCAAUCCAAUAUUCCCCUACCCAAAGCAUGAUACAAAUGGUUAUAGAGCACUUUUAUAUUGUAUGACAGAAUACUGCAAAGGUGUUUGAAUUUUGUUUCUGAUAUUUCUUGUAGGAGUGUUUACGUGACCUUGAUUUGAGGAGGAUGGUCUCUUUGUCCAUGGACGGACCCAACGUCAAUUGGCGUUUUCUUGAGAUGCUGCGGACGGAGCAUGCUGAGCAUUUUGGGGGUGCCCAGUUGGUUGUAGUGGGAAGUUGUGGGCUACACACUCUACAUAAUGCUGUCAAAUGUGGAUUCACUGAGUGGCAUAUGGAGAAGUUCUUAAGAGCUCUUCAUACUAUUUUUCACAAUGUGCCAGCAAGAAGGGAGGAUUUUUGCAAUCUUACAAAGUCCAAAACCUUUGCUUUGCCUUUCUGUGGUCACCGCUGGAUCGAGAACCUCCCAGUAGUGCAGAGAGCCAUUGAGAUCUGGCCUGACAUGAAGAAAUAUGUUGAUGCUGUUACAACCAAGAAGCUCCCAAACCCUGGAACGUCUUCUUAUGACACCAUCGAGGUGGCAACCAAAGACCCUCUUAUUUUGGCAAAGCUGCAUUUUUUCAUGGCAGUUUCACGAAGUGUGACACCCUUCUUGACAAAGUAUCAAACGGAUGAACCUGUGCUUCCAUUCUUUGCCAAUGACUUGGCUGAAUUACUGAAGAAUUUGCUGAGGCGAUUCAUCAAGCGAGAGCUACUGACUGAUGUCACACCUCAGCACUUGGUACGGCUUGAUGUCACUGACAAGCAGUCGAGGGUGCAUCCAAAGGCAGUGGACAUCGGCAUUGGUGCAGAGACUGCCAUAAAGGAACUCCAACAGCGGAGUAAAUCCUCAGAGGAACUUUCCAUCCUACAUUUUCAAAACCAAUGCAUGGAGUGUCUAUCCAAAAUGGUCCAGAAGAUUCAGGAGAGGAGCCCUUUGAAGUUUCCGAUUGUUAGACAAUUAACUUGUCUGAACCCAGCCUUUAUGUACAGCAACCCUGAACUGUGUCAGAAACAGAUGAAGAGCAUGGUCAGGAAGUUUCUACAAGACAGACAGUUGGAUGGAGGAGUUGCUGCUGGUGAUCUGAUCACCCAGAAGUUCUCAGAGAUGCUGUCCCUGGAGGUCCGAACUGAAGAAUUUCAGUCCUUCCAGCCAUUCAAGAAAAGACUGGAUGUCUUUCUAAGCAACAUCAUCAGUGAGACCUACCCACAACUUUGGUCCUUUAUCCAGAAGCUUCUACUUCUAUCACACGGGCAGGCAACAGUUGAGCGGGGCUUUUCGGUGAACAAAGAAAUUGAAACUGCUAACAUUCACGAAGACACCGUUGUAGCGCAGAGAAUCGUCUGUGACUACAUCUCUCUCCAUGGAGGGGUUACCAAGGUCCCCCUCACGCCAGCCCUGCUUUCCUCGGUCUCAUCUUCCAGAGCAAGAUAUAGAAUUCAUCUUGAGACGGAGAGAAAAAAGAGAGAAUCUCAAGCAGAGUCAGAAAAACGAAAGGCCAUUGAGGAGAACCUGGAGCAACUGAGAAAGCACAGAAGAUCCAUCAAGGAGGUAGCCGAACAUCUGCUCAGGGAUGCUGAUAAGUUGGCAGACCAGGCUGAAGCCAAGCAAGCAGGCAGCAAGAUGGCGGAGCUAAUAGCAAAAUCGAAUGCCUUUAGAAGGAGCCACAAGGAAAAGAUGGCUGAACUCAUUAAACUGGACGAACAGAUUGCUGCCAAAAGAGCUGAGCUCCAAAAGCUGUAGGAUCUAUUGAAAUGCACACAGGCACACCCACAGACGAAUGCAGGCACACGCACACACAAACACACACACACACACACACGUACACCCCUCACAGUUAUUGUUUUAAAUUAUUCUGUCUUAGGACUUAAAUACAGUGUAGAUUGCAACAACCGCACACAGGCACACCCACAGACGAAUGCAGGCACACGCACACACAAACACACACACACGUACACCCCUCACAGUUAUUGUUUUAAAUGGUUCUUAAAUUAAUGACUUAAAUACAGUGUAGACAGGCUGUAGGUUACUUUGGGAAAAAACAUCCAUACAAAGGCGCACCCACAGACGUGUGCAUGUGCAUACAUGCACUCCUCACACAGUUAUUGUGUUUAAAUAUGGUGAAUGUUAUGUUGAAGCAGAUCUUUGAAAGCUGUUGUCCUCAGAGCAUAUUGUUCAUUAAAGUUAUUUAUUUGAU